AUGAAAGAAACUAUCAUGAAUCAAGAAAAACUAGCUAAGCUUCAAGCUCAAGUGCACAUCAGUGGGAAGGGUACUGCCUGUAGAAAGAAGGUGGUUCACAGAACAGCAACAGCAGAUGACAAGAAGCUUCAGUUUUCAUUAAAGAAACUUGGAGUAAAUAACAUCUCUGGUAUUGAAGUGGUAAACAUGUUUACCAACCAGGGCAUUGCCAUCCACUUCAACAACCCUAAAGUUCAAGCAUUUUUAGCAGCUAACACUUUCACAAUCAGAGGCCAUGCUGAGACAAAGCCGCUGACUGAAAUGCUACCUAGCAUCUUAAACCAGCUUGGUGCUGACAGUCUGACCAGCUUGAUGAGACUAGCAGAGGCUCUGCCCAAACAACCUGUGGAUGGAAAAGCACCUCUUGCUACUGGUGAGGAAGAUGACGCUGAAGUUCCAGAUCUUGUGGAGAACUCUGAUGAGGCAUCAAAGAACAAAUCAAACUGAACUGUCACUUUGAGUAAAACUUGAACAUUACAUGGAGCUGCUAUUUCAUAUUGUGACUUUUUAUUUGUAACAUUUUUGUACUGAUCUUAAGAAGUCUAAGAUCUCUAAUUGGAAACUC